GUUCUCACGGAAAGGUGGCUAAGAACCCCCAACAGUCCAAAAGACAACGCGUGGAGAAAGAGAAAAUUGAGGAAAACACUGAUUCUCUUGUUAAUGAGAUUAAUAACGAGUAUAAUGAUGUUGAGGCUCUUCUAGAGAAAGACAGCGAAAGCGAGAAGGAACAAGAGGACAAGAAGUCAAACGAAGAGGAAGCAGAAGAAGAAGAGGAGGAAGAAGAAAGAGAGGAAGAAUCUGAUCGUUCUGGCAGACCACAAAUUAAAGAAAACCCUGAAGAUUUUGCCGAUCUUCAUCUGUCUGAACCAACGAUGAAGGGAAUACAAGAAAUGGGAUUCACAAAGAUGACUGAGGUUCAAGCGAGAACCAUUCCCCCACUUCUGGCCGGAAAAGACGUGCUUGGAGCUGCCAAGACAGGUUCCGGUAAGACUUUGGCUUUUUUGAUUCCUGCCAUUGAGUUGUUGUACUCGCUCAAGUUCAAGCCUCGUAACGGAGCAGGUGCCAUUGUCAUUACACCAACUAGAGAGUUGGCUCUCCAGAUCUUUGGUGUGGCUCGUGAACUAAUGGCACACCACUCUCAGACUCUGGGAAUUCUUAUUGGUGGUGCAAAUAGACGUCAAGAAGCUGAAAAAUUGGCAAAAGGUGUGAAUUUGAUCAUUGCCACUCCAGGUAGAUUGCUGGAUCACUUGCAAAAUACGAAGGGAUUUAUCUUUAAGAACUUGAAGACAUUGAUUAUAGACGAAGCAGACAGAAUUCUGGAAAUAGGAUUUGAGGAUGAAAUGAAGCAAAUAGUGAAGAUCUUACCUAACGAAAAAAGGCAAUCCAUGCUGUUUUCUGCAACACAGACAACCAAGGUUGAGGAUUUGGCUAGAGUGUCUCUCAACAAGGCUCCUUUAUACAUCAACGUUCACCAAGAUAGAGAGACUUCUACUGCCGACGGGCUGGAACAGGGAUACGUCGUUUGCGACAGCGACAAAAGGUUCCUGCUCUUGUUUUCAUUCCUCAAGCGGAACCUCAAAAAGAAGGUUAUUGUCUUCCUGUCGUCUUGUAACUGUGUGAAAUAUUACAGUGAGCUUCUGAAUUAUAUUGAUUUACCAGUCUUGGAUCUCCACGGGAAGCAGAAGCAGCAAAAGCGCACCAACACGUUCUUCGAGUUUUGCAAUGCCAAACAGGGAAUUUUGAUCUGCACGGAUGUGGCUGCUAGAGGCCUUGAUAUUCCGGAGGUCGACUGGAUCAUUCAAUUCGAUCCACCUGAUGAUCCCCGUGACUACAUCCAUCGUGUUGGUCGGACUGCUAGAGGAAGCAAAGGAAAGGGUAAAUCGCUGAUGUUUUUGACUCCUUCAGAGCUAGGAUUCCUGAGAUAUCUGAAAGCGGCCAAAGUUCCUCUCAAUGAGUACGAAUUCCCAGCCAACAAAAUUGCCAACGUGCAAUCUCAAUUGGAGCAGCUUGUGAAGAACAACUACUGGCUCCAUCAAUCUGCUAAAGAUGGGUACCGAGCAUAUUUACAGGCUUAUGCCUCUCACCAUCUCAAGACGGUGUAUCAGGUUGAUAAGCUUGACUUGGUGAAAGUUGGCAAGUCGUUUGGAUUUCCGGUUCCUCCGAAGGUGAACAUAACUAUCGGCUCCAGU